CCUCACCCGAGAGAUAUGGCAGAACUAAGUUUCUAUGUUGGAGUUAUAGGAAAUGUAAUAUCCGUGCUUGUCUUCCUCUCUCCUGUGGAGACGUUUUGGAAGAUAGUGAAACGGAGAUCAACAGAGAAGUACGAGUGUUUGCCAUAUAUUUGCACGCUAAUGGGUUCGUCGUUAUGGACAUAUUACGGAAUAGUGACACCUGGCGAAUACUUGGUCUCUACGGUCAAUGGCUUUGGUGUUUUUGCUGAAUCCAUCUACGUUCUCAUUUUCCUCUUCUUUGUUCCGAAACCUAGAUUUUUGAAAACAGUUGCACUGGUUUUAGCGCUGAACGUGAUUUUCCCAAUUAUAACGAUUGUCGGAACAAGAACUGCGUUCGGAUAUGCAAAAACACGUUCUAAUUCAAUGGGUUUCAUUUGUGCUGCUCUCAACAUUAUCAUGUAUGGUUCUCCUCUUUCCGCUAUUAAAACAGUUGUGAAGACGAGAAGUGUGAAGUACAUGCCGUUUUGGCUAUCGUUCUUCCUCUUCUUUAACGGCGCUAUUUGGACUGUCUACGCUUUGCUCCUGCAUGAUGUUUUUCUACUAGUGCCAAAUGGAAUGGGGUUUUUGCUUGGGACAAUGCAAGUACUAAUUUAUGCGUUUUACAGAAAUUCAAAACCUAACAUAGAAGAUGAAGAGGAAGCCCUCGCAUCAAGCCAACCUCUCCUCUCAUAGCAAUAGCCUCGUCUUUUAUCCUUACUUUUGUGAUUAUGAAUAGUUUGAUUAUAUAUAAGUUUUCAAAUAAAAUCUAGAUAAAGUUAGAGAAAUUAUUAUUAUUUGUUAUCAAAUCAUUCAAGAUGUAACUAAUUAAUCAAUCAUUUAUAAUUUGUGUGUCAGAUUGAAAAAUUUCAUGUUACUAAAUCA